ACCUGGAAUUCCAUGGGAAAAUUCAAUGGUCAUUUUUGCCCGGGGCUAUAUCUUUUCUGUUAUGGACUAUAUCAGACAAUAGUGGUUUCCAAAGCUGUGAUCUUCAAUGACUCUCUCCUGUGUCCUCUACGCCCUCCCAGGAAUAAGGAGAGAUGGGCCACAUGGAGAAUCUCCUACGGUGGCAUAUUGAAGGUGGUGACUGGCUGCAUCUUAACCGCUUACGUGGUCAUCUGUCUCGAUGAAGGCAUGGUGCUGAUGAACAAACAGGUGCCACCCAGGUUCAUGUACCCCAAGGAGUGGCAGCACCUCACCAUGUUCAUCCUCCUCACCCUUAUUGGCUGUGUAGACAUCGUGAGCAAGAACCUGCUGCCCCAGCGGAGUGUGGUCCUGGAGCUGGGUGUCCAGAUGCUGGCCUUCCACGUGCUCCUCCUGCUGCUGCUGUCUCACAGCCAGAACUCUGCAGGGGUGGAGCUGCAGGUCCACGCCCUGCUCGUCCUGGUGGUCUUCCUGCUGGUGCUGGUGUUGACGGCAGAGCUGUGGGCUCCCGACACGGUUCGCCUCUGGCUGAUGGAGACCUUUCUGUUUCUGAUGAUGGGCUCCUGGCUGAUGCAGGCAGGCUUUAUUCUAUACAAACCGGUCACUGGGUAUCCGUGGCAGGAUGAUGACACGAGUGACAUCCUAUUUGUCACCACCUUCUUCUGCUGGCAUGUGAUGGUCAACGCCUCAUGCCUUUUAGGGAUCUACGGCUUCUCCGCAUUGUGGUAUCAUUGUCGCGGUCCUAACUUGAAGCGGAUAGGGGCCAGAGAGGCUCCACAUCACACCAGUCCUCCGGGAGCCCAGUACAAGUUACAGCAGGAAGUGGAUCCACCACAGAAGGAUAGGCAGGCGCUCCUCCUCAAAGCGAGUUCACCCUGA